UUUUUUAACGAUGUUAGACAUCGAAAGAGUUCAAGAGAGACGAGGAACGAUAAUUACGUUCCUCAAGAUGGAACGAUAUCCGAGCGAAAAUGAAAAACUGAAAAUGGAACGUCAAUCGAGUCGUCCCAUGGAAUUACUGAUGAGCCAAUUUCCGGUUCACGAUCCACUGCCAAUCUGGAUUUAUGUUGUGCUGUUUUUGAUGUUGUCGCUUUUGUUCUUUCUUGGAUAUUCAACGUUGACAGCUUUCCCGAAACCCAUGUUGAAAGUUGAUGAGUUGCGGUAUCCUUUGCGCUUCGUCAGUGAAAGAGCUUAUGAUCACGUCGAAUAUCUCGCCAACGAAAUCGGAUAUCGUGUUGCUGGCACAGAAAAUAACGAAAUAAAAACCGUCAAAUAUAUCGUGGAUCAAGUUCGACAAAUACAAGGUAAUGCCAGCGAAGAUAUUCAAAUGACAAUCGAUGUCGAAGCGAAUGACGGAAUGUUCUUACGUCAGUCCAAAAUGUACGAAGUCAUAAACUUAUAUCGAGGCGCUCAAAAUAUCGUCGUAAAAAUGUCCUCGAAAAAAGUCCCUGAAUCCCAAGAAAAAAACUACAUUUUGCUCAAUGCACAUUUCGAUACUGUUCCUAUGAGUCCUGGCGCUGGCGACGAUGGAACAAUGGUAGGAGUUAUGUUAGAGCUUAUGCGAAUCAUGGCGAAACAAGAACCCACAAAUCAUCCUUUGAUAUUUUUAUUUAACGGAUUGGAGGAAAGUGGACUUCAAGCUUCACAUGCUUUUAUCACGAACAACAAAUAUGUUGACAAAAUCAAUGUACUUGUCAACUUAGAAGUCGUUGGAACAGGCGGCAAAGACCUUAUGUUUCAAACAACGCGGGAACAUUCAUGGCUCAUGAACAUUUAUCAUCACAACGUACCGCAUUCCUUUGCCAAUACCGUAGCUGAAGAGAUUUAUCAAAACGGUCUAAUUCCUUCGGAUACGGAUUUUACGAACUUUAGAAAGUUUGCUCCACAAAUUGCAGCUUAUGACUUUGCCCAUGCUUACAAUUGUUACGCUUAUCACACAAAAAAUGACGGUAUGUGGACCGUUAAUAAAGGUUCCUUGCAACAUACUGGAGAUAACAUCCUUGCACUUCUUAAGGGGCUUGACAGCGCUCCUGAGGUAGAUGAUAUGAGAACCAAAACCGACGAUGAUGAAAUCGACAAAGUUGUCUUUUUUGAUUUUCUUGGUCUCUUUCUCAUCUUCUACUCGCAACUUACAAGCACGAUAAUCAAUUCCAUACUCUUUGUCGUUCUCACGUUAAUUGUCUCUUGGUGCGUUUACCAAUUCAAGAACUCUCAAGGCAUGAAGUUCAGUGGCGGUAUUUUGGAGUUUAUCAUUGCCAUAGCAAUUCAGUUGGCAGGUCUUGUAUUGGGAACUGGAGUUACGAUGUUAUUGGCUUUCAUCUUGGAUGUUUGUGGGAGAUCUAUGUCGUGGUAUGCGAAUCAAUGGUUGAUCCUGGGACUCUAUUUCUGUCCAUUUUUCUUCUGUAAUUGCUUAAUUCCGUAUCUGUACAUUAGAUGGCGCGAAAAAUCUGAUGUCGCUGAUUCGUAUUAUGUGCAAUUGGCAAUCCACGCCCAUUGUACGAUCCUCUCCAUAGGACUUGCAGUAUUAACUGGGCUCAAAAUCAGAUCUUCGUAUAUUUUAGCUGUCAGUACGAUCUUUUACUUUGGCACAACCCUCUUGAAUGUUCUCUUUGACUUUGUGAACAAAGGCAAUAAAUGGCUAUAUCUACAUUGUCUUGGACAGAUAUUGCCAAGUAUCUUUUACUUCUAUCUCGGCUCAAUUAUGUACACUUCGCUAAUUCCGAUUAACGCAAGAGCUUACAAUGGAGCAGGAACAAAUCCGGAGUAUAUGGUAGCUGGAAUGACAUGCGGGGUAGCAUUACUUGGCACAGGGUUUUAUGCACCAAUUUUAAACAUGUUCCGACACAGAAAAUAUUUGCUUGGGAUGUUUUUGGGAAUUUUCCUAAUAACAAUCAUUUUAAUUAUGACUCCGCUUGGAUUUCCGUAUCGAGAACGGGAGGCAGAAGCUAGAUUUACGAUAUGGCACACAAAACGUGAAUUUUACCGCCCAGAUGGAAACAUUCGAAAAGCAGACAGCGGAUAUUACGUUUUUACCUAUGAUCGUCACGGAUCUGGUCCCGUAAUGGAUGAGGUUCCUCGAAUGAAGGAUGCUGUUGAUAUCGACGAUGAAUGUAACACUGAAAUGCUCUGUGGAAUGCCCUUUUAUAACAUUCAUUACAGCGGAAAUGCUUAUUACAACAAAUGGGUCGCUGCCGAAGAACCAUUGAUCCCAGCAUCCCCUAAUCGACCUUAUUUAAAACUCGUCUCAGGUAGUUCAAUUACACGAUUUAAGAAAGAAUAUACAUUUGCUGUUGCUGGAACUGAUCACAUGUCAAUUCAAAUAUCGCCGAUGCAAGGAGCGCGUCUCGUUGGAUGGAGUUUUACAAAGGAAAUGGGAAAACCAUCAAAAACGUGGAAUGAUCGAGAUGUUUAUUUCAUAAAUUACGUUCAUGGACUUGCGGAAAAUAACAUGAAAGAAUUUCAAUUUAAAAUAACAGUUGAAACUGACGAUGAUUUCAUCUUAACGCAUAGUUUCGAAAUCGCUUUAGCUGCACACUUUGUCCAUCAAAAGGAAACUCUGACGACACAGUACAAAGAAUUCAUCGCGAGUUUCCCGAAAUGGACAAAUGUGCAGCACUGGACGAGCCUUUAUCAGAGUUAUCAGUAUUGAUGGAUGAUGACGACGACAUGACGCUCCCUCUUCCGUCGCCUUUUUUCUUUGACAGAAUUUUUUUUUAUAACUGAUUAGCGAUUAAGAUUAGGAUUAAAGCAAUUUUUGUGAUAAUUUAGGGUAAUAAAUUCCUAUCGAAAAUUAUUCACCUUUUUUUAUUGAAGAUGAUUCUUGAU